AUGGACCGUGUAACCAACCACCACCGCUACCGUCUAGGUGUCGAUGUCGGCGGAACCAACACCGACGCCGUCCUCCUCAACCUCUCCCCGCUCGCCAUUCUCGCUUCGCACAAAGCCCCCACCACCCCCGAUGUCACCACGGGUAUCACGGCCGGUAUUCGCGCGGUUAUCGCCACCGCAAACAUCCCCCUCUCAUCCAUCGAAUGCGUGAUCAUCGGAACGACCCAUUUCGUGAACGCCGUGGUGCAACGCUCCCCCUUAUUACGACGCGUCACGGUGGUAAGAUUAUGUGGUGGGCCUGAUGAAGGGUUCGGGAGGGCGAUUCCCCCGUUUACUGAUUUCCCGACCGAUCUACGGAAGAGAAUUGAGGCACCGAGACAGUUCUUUUGUCACGGGGGGUGGCAGAUCUCCGGCGGGGAGAUCAGUAGUGUGGAUGAGGGGGAGGUGGAGAGGGUGGCGGAGGGGAUUGUGGAUGAUGGGGUGAGGGAUGUGGUUGUUGUGGGGAUGUAUGCUCCCCUGGAGGGGGGGCAGGAGGGGAGGGUGAAGGAGGUGUUGGUGAAAAAGAUGGAGGAGUAUGCCAGUGUUGGGAUGGGGAGGGGGAAAGUGAGGGUUACGUUGUCGCAUGAGGUGUCAGGGCUGGGGUUUCUGGCGCGGGAGAAUGCGGCGAUUCUCAAUGCGAGUUUGAGGCCGUUGGCCGAACGGACGAUUGAUGGGUUUCGGAGGGCCAUGGAGGAGGCUUUCCCCGAUGGGGGGUGUGCGUUGUAUCUGACGCAGAAUGAUGGCAGUGUGCUUGGGGUGGAGGAGGCGGUGGAUCUGCCGAUUCGGACGUUUAAUUCGGGGCCGACGAAUUCGAUUCGAGGAGGGGAGUUUCUUUGGCGUGCUGCUGCUACGGAAGGAGAUGGGCUGCGCACGGAUCCGUUGGUGGUGAUUGAUAUUGGGGGCACGACGUCGGAUAGUGGGUUGUUGUUGCCGAAUGGGUUGCCGCACAUGAGCUCGGUCAUGAGUUGGGUCGGUGGUGUCAGGACGAAUUUUGCUUUGCCGGCGGUGGAAAGUAUAGGACUGGGAGGAGGGAGUAUCAUUCGGGGGAUUGGGGUUGAUGAAGAAUGCUCCGUUGGUCCGGAUAGUGUCGCCCAUGAGCUGUUGGACAAUGCACGACUGUUUGGUGGAGAGUAUCUGACGGCCACGGAUAUCAUGGUGGCAUCGGCGAUGAAGGGCCUGACGGGGAACAACCCUCUCGAGGGAAUGGGAGACCCAUCGAAUCUGGUAUCUAUCACGGCGGACAUGGCUACCCAAGCUCAAUCCUUGAUGCAACGGAAAAUCGAAGAGCUCGUCGACCGCACCAAGAUCCAGAAAGACGACGUGGACGUCCUCAUCGUCGGCGGCGGUGCCCCCAUCAUCCGCACCGAUCAGCCUCUCGCCGGUGUUCGCAGGGUACAGACCGUCAAGGGCGGCGAGGUGGCCAAUGCUGUUGGGGCUGCUAUCUCGCGUGUCUCAGGAGUGAUUGAUACCGUCGUGGACACGUCCAACUGCUCGGUGAAAGAUGCACAGGAGACGGUGUCAAAACUGGCAAUUGCAAAAGCCAUCGGCAAUGGUGCUCGGCCAGAUACAGUUCAGAUUGCCGAGGUGAUCAUGCUGCCUAUCCAGUAUGUCGAGGCCAAGGCACGGAUUGUUGUGCGGGCUGUCGGCGAGCUGGACAUGGUGGCCCACAAUCCAUCCCGGGAUAAGAUUGUUGACAUCCCGGAGGAAGAGUUCUUGGAUGUAGAUGCUACCCAGAAUCUAGUCCAGGAAGUCAACUCAGUCGAAGGAAAAGCACACAACCUGCACGACUACCGUCCUUACAUCCAAAACAAACAAUGGAUCAUCUCUCCCACAGACCUCGACUUCAUCUCCCGCGGCUGCAAAGUCCUCGGUUGUGGCGGCGGCGGCGAUCCCUACCAGGAAUACCUCAAAACCAAAGCCUUCCUCCAUCAACACCCCGGAUCCAUCAAGGUGGUUUCUCCCGACUUCCUCCCGGACGAAGCCCUAGUCGGCUGGACCGGUUGCAUGGGUAGUCCCGAGGUCAGCAUGGAGCGACUCGAGAACAGUGAAUGUCUCAAGGCGCAUGACGAGCUGAUGCGGGUUACAGGAAGUCCCCCAGUGUCGGGUUUCGUGGCUUUGGAGAUCGGUGGUGGAAAUGGCAUGGUCAAUUUGGGUGUCUCGGCGCAUUACGGAGUCCCUUGUUUAGAUGCAGAUUACAUGGGCAGGGCAUAUCCGACCAUGUGGCAGGUUACGCCGAAUGUAUAUGGAUCUGCGCGUGGAGAGGCCCUGGUGCCUACAACGAUCGCUAGUGGAGACGGUUCGUUCAUCACCAUGACCAAGACACGGACAGAUAAACUGGUAGAUAGGGCAUUGCGCGCAUCGGUCGUGGAAAUGGGAUGUCGGGCAGGGAGUGCUGGACCUCCGAAGACAGCACGAAUUGUUCGACAACAGGCCAUCACAAACACAGUGUCGCUGGCCUGGUGGAUCGGAAGGGCCGUGGCUCUGGAGAAGAACAUCACCGACAAGGCGAAGCGCAUCAUCGAGGAGGUAGGAGGACCAGACAGUGCAGCCAUUCUAGGCGAGGGCAAGGUAGUCAGUGUCUCGCGGGUCUUAAAGACAGGUCAUUCAUACGGGGUAUUGGAAGUGGAUGGCCGACUUCGUGACGGGAGCAAAGCGACAAUGGACAUUCCGUUCAAGAAUGAGAAUGCCUUUGUCGAGGCGGUUCUCGACGGCGGCGAGAAGAGAGUCCUAGCCGCAGUCCCAGACCUCAUUGCCGUGCUGGAUGCCGAGACAGGGGCUGGACUGGGCACACCCGAAUUCAAAUAUGGUCUCAAGGUGGUGAUCAUUGCCAUUGCCACGUCACCUCGAUGGACGGAUACCCCACGGGGUAUGGAGCUGGGCGGACCCAAGUCGAUGGGCUUUGAGGACGUGGAAUAUGUUCCGAUAGGAAGGUACAGCGAGCCGCGGAGCGUGAUUGAUGUGUUUUGCUGAGUGCUUGGGGUGGUGGAUACCAUGUAUACAUUUAUGAGAAAGACAGGUGUAAAUCCCAUUCUCG